AUGAAAUGCUGCAAAUUAUGUGAUCGGUCUUUUAGUGACCGGCAAGCUUUUCAACAACAUAUGCGAGAUGCUCCGGUACAUACUUUGACAUUUCGAUGCGACCCCUGCAAUCGUACUUUUGUCGACCGAAGCGCCCUGGAUCAGCAUCUCCGAGACUCGCCUGUGCAUAUCAUCACAUACGACUGUGAGCCUUGUAGCAGGUCUUUUGGCAGUCAAAGUGCCUUGGACCAACAUGAUCAAAACUCACCGGCACAUGCUGUAUCAUUCGACUGUGAGCUUUGCAAUAGAACCUUUGGCAGCCAAGACGCCCUGGAUCAACAUAUCCAGUAUUCAAAAGCACACAUCGCACCGACCAGCACGCCGCUGGACAAGUUCUUCCAAUCCUUUCCGAGCUUCAGAUACAAUCCAAAAUUACCCCCUUCGGAAUCAUAUGCCCAGCUCAGGGAGUUCUGUGGCUGGGAAAAAGAGAAUCCAGAUGGGAAAAAGGCCUGGAAAAAAUAUCAAUCUGCCCUAGAAGUCGAGGUGAAGAUGUGGUUUGGAGCAGAGGAUGACCUUGACGCCUGGCAUUCUCUUUGUCGAGCUAUCGGAAUCGAGCCUUUGCCUGCAACCUGUAAGCAAGCUGUGGGGGUCAUCCGAGGUGUGUUCGUCAAUAUCAUCGAUUUGAUCGACUGGGCUCGAAGUGGAAGCACAACCAAUCGAGUGCAAAGGUUCUCGAGCUUAGAACAGCUACGAAAAUAUACCAAACAAACGGGAAAGGUAUUCCACAAUCGGCUUGACGAAGAUGAUGAUGGAAAUGUUGUCCUUCGGCAUCUGCUUCGGUUUCUUUUCAAUACACAUCGUCGUUAUGACUAUUGA